AAAAAAAAAUUUUAUAUGAAACAGGAAAACGAGAAUGACUAAUUGAUCAUAUAAAAUUAUUUACACGAUUGAAAUUUAAAAAAUUCGGAGAAUUAAAUAAAUAAUUCAUAAAAAAAUACAUUAAAGUCAGUAAUCGUCCGGUUCUUUACAAAAAGAAAAAAUGUAGGCAUAAUAGGAAAAAACGACUAAUAAUCGUCUUGUUCGAAAAUUUCAAAAAUUUAGGAUUACAAAAAUGAUUCAUAGAAAUGAAUUAUAGUCAGUAAUCAUUCGCUUCGUCAUAAAAAAAAAAAAAAAACAAGAAAAAGAGAAAAAGAAAUUGAGAUGAAACAGGAAAAAAAGAAUUAGCGAAUAUAAAAUCGAUCACGUCAUACGAUUAAUCAAUGUCGAUUCAAUAGUGCGGGAAUUUAAAAAGAAAAAAAAAACAGAUCUUUUUUUAAAGUAAACGUAAAACGAGUUUCGAGCACGUGUCACCUGAAUUUGUUUCACUGAUUUUAUCGACUCGUAUAGUUAAAAGAGUAACCGUUGGUUGUCUGAGAAUUUCAAACCGAAGGAAAAAUGAAGUUUGUACUUUUUAAUAAUCGGCCAGUCGUGAGAAACCGGUUCCAUGACGCCGCGUUACGCACCAUCGUGUCUCUUCGUUCCAUAACCCGAUUGCAUUUUCUAUCAUAUAGUAUUGCCAUCAGUUGCGAUCAUACAAAGUUACAACUCAGACGUGUCUUUUCGCCGGGUGUGUAGUAAUAAUGUUAUCCAUGUUUACGUUAUUCUGACCAUUUAUGGAGAAAAAUAAAAAAUAAUAUUUUUCCCGCUGUACACAUAUUGUGACAUUUGUCGAUCGAUUCAACGAUAUAAAAGAUGAAUGAACAAGAGAAGAUGCCUGGCCACCGUCAGCCUAAUUCCUUAGAAGGACUUAGUUUGGGACAAGUGUGCCAACAACUCGACGGGACGUGCCGUCGGCUGCAAGUGCUUUCUCAAGAAUCAUCGGCAGCACAGGUGCUCGCUUUCGCAAAACAAACUAUCAGGCCAUAUUAUAUCAAUGCCUUACCCGCACGUCUGCGCUCUCAAGUUAUUGAAGAAACUUCGAGAAUGCUGUACGGUCCCUCAUCGGAUGGUUCAACUCUCAUUUCUGGUCCUGCUCCACUGUAUUUAUUAGCACUGCUUCUUGGUCAUGAUAUAAAACAGUUAAGGGUGAUUCUUUGUUGUUACUAUGGAUGCAGUCAUCAAACGUCGCUCCUAAAGUUAUUAGCUUCAGAAGGAAUUGGACUAGAGUCUUUAGAACUGGCUCGUUCUGCUUUAUUGAGAUUAGAUUGCAAGUUGUUAAGAUCUGCUUUAUUAAACAUGAAAAAUUUGUUAAGUUUGACUCUUCGCAAUAUAGCUAGCGAUGCUGUACUUCAAGUCAUUGGGAAAGCAUGCCCCAAGUUAGUAGUUCUAGAUGUAGCAUGUUCGAGACAAGUGACGGAUGCAGGCUUAAAACAAUUAUUGCUGCAAGUGGAACUCAGAGAUAAAGCACCACAUACGACUACACAAGAGCCUACCAGUUGGUCCAAAUUGAAAACCUUGCUAUCAUCUAGAUUAAAGAUGAGAGGUUCUAAAUCCGAAAAGAAAGAAAAGCAAGGUGUUUUGUUGGAGUAUUAUGAAAGUCGAAAUUUUAUUUGUGAUACGCUUAGAGUUCUUAAUGUUGCAAGUACUAGUGUUACAAGUGCAGGUGUACUUUUGGCCUUAGUAUAUGUACCACAACUCGAAUCUUUAGCAGAAUACAAUCACAUGGGAAGAGUGGUAGAAAUUAUGAAUAGAGGACUUAUCGGAUUGAAAACUCCAUUUUCCUUAACACAAGCAAGAAGCUGCAGAACAACACCAGCUCGUCUAGAACUUCUUGCUCAAGCAUGCCCACGAGUGGAAAAAUUACACAUUUCUGAACCUCAUCAUCCUCCUGAAGCACUACGAUUGUUUCCCUAUGUCACUUCUUUGACUGUACAUGGUAUUCCAGCACAAAGAGAAUGGCUAGAUGGUUUCUAUGAUUAUUUACACACAAAUGGUCAAAAUUUGAAAGAAUUAAAUCUUCGAAUAAUACAAAAUGAAAAUCUAAUACAAAUAGAUUUGAAAGAAAUCUUCAGUAAUUGCCCUAAUCUCAGAAUAUUGACCAAGGAUGGUUUCAGUAUAAUAUGGGCAGAAGGAUUAGAUCCACCACCUCUCAAAUAUUUGAGAAAAGUUCAAUUGGGACACACAGUAAAUGCCUUAGCUAUCACAAAAAUUCUCUCCUUGGCACCAGAAUUGACUGCGCUUCAUAUUCACAGUUGUUUUGAUCUCACAAAUGAACACUUAGAAAAAUUAUUGAAUAUUCCCACAAGACCGAGAAGUGGUAGAAAAUCUGACAAAAACGAAAAUAGUUUAGUGCAGAAUUUAACAUGUUUUUAUAUAUACGAAGCCAGCAAAGUGUCUGCAACUACUGUGUUAAAUAUGUUUCAAAACUGCAAACGUUUACGAAGAAUCGGUAAUUUGGCAAAUUGGGGAUUGGAUUGUGAAGGUGUAACGAUGUUACGAACGACGUUAGCACGCGCAAAUUUAGACGUGGAUUUAUGUCCUGGUUCUCAUUGGUUUUGGAGCAAUUGUAUUCAGUAGCAUAUAUCAAGGCUGAUAAUUUUAUCAUUGAGGGAGCCUUUCCAGCAUUUUUAAAACCAUGACAUUAUUAGUUGUUCUAUAAAAAUCUAUAGAUUUCCAUUUUUUAAAGACUCCUCAUUUAUCAGUAUUAAAAAUUUAAUUUAGGUACUUAGGUGAGCUAAUGGCUCUUGAAAAAAAAAAGAAAAAACAAUAAAAUAAAAUGGAGUUGCCAUUUCUAAAUAAUAAAAUUUAAUAUAAAAUUAUAUUUUGAAAAUUAAAAUGCUACAAAUGAAUAUGCAUUGUUCAAACGUUAUAUAUUAUAUCGUGCAAUAAUAUUAAUUCAAGUAUUCAAUCAAAGUAUAAUAUAAAUAGUGUAAGACUUAAUAGUAUAUUGCAAAGUUCAAACAACACUGUCCUUAUUCAGCUUUGUUAUUUGAAUAUAACAAAAAUAUAACGGCAGGAAUUAAGUCUAAUAUAGAUAUUAGUAUAUAUUACUGAAAAAUUGGAUACUUUCUUGAGUAUAAAUUAAAAAUGAUUUAAAUCAUUGGAUAUAUAAAUCAAAUUAUAUUUAUUCAAAUUAUAAGUGAAAUAAAAAACUAUAUCUCUUAUCUUGUUUUUCAAGUAAACAAUAAUAAGAAAGAAAAAUUGUACUUGUAUAUAUAUUCGUGUCAAAUUAUAAUAAUUGAAGAAUA